AUGCUCAAUCCACCCAGGCAUCCAACUAAAGGCUGGCCGUCAUCUAGUCCUGAUCCUGAUGAUGAUUUAGUAUUAAGAAUGGCUCGAGGUCAGCAAAAAAUUCAAUCACAAGCAAAAGCUGCAGAAAAAGCUUCGAAAUUGAAGAAACAACAAGGGCACAGCGCCACAGACCAGAAGAAAGCAGCACAGAAGGCUCUCGUCCAUGUGUGUGCGGUGUGCAAGGCCCAGAUGCCCGAUCCAAAAACCUACAAACAGCAUUUCGAAAAUAAGCAUCCCAAAAAUGACCUACCAGAAGACUUGAAAUCGGUCUAA